AAGCCUUCAGAUCCAGUCCACUUCCCUUUUUCGUUGCAAGCUCUGGAUUGCCUUCUCACACCACGCACGUACUACAACACACACAAAGCAAAUAUCUACCUUCAACAUCCCUCUCUCGCAUUGAAGCUUCUCCUACUUCAACCCCGAUUGCCAUUGUCUAAAGACAAUUGGCCAAUUCGCCUACCGUCGCGUUAUUGACACGUCGCACAUUUUUUUGUCAGCCUCACCUUCGACUGCGUCGAAUCGCAUACAGUGCCACGCGCCCCCAACUUCUUACCUCUUCCAACCGCCCACCCACCCAAACCAAUUCUGUCAUUCAACCUACAACCUAUUUCUCCACCAUUUCACAUUUUAACAACAACAACAACAACAACAACCACCACGACCACCACACUGGUGUUAUCGCCGAUUUGACUGCUAUCGUUGAACCCCCCUUCUAAGAAGGGAAUCAUUUACACCACAUACCAUAUUGUCUAACCUAAGUCUUACGAGAUGGCUGAGGUUCAGGCUCGAUCACAGGCACCAUCCUCUCGUGGCCGAGGUGGGGGCCGCGGUGGCAGAGGAGGCUUCGCCAGCCGUACUUCUACGAACAGACGGACUAAUGGUGAUAAGUUGACGACUGCAGAUGCGACCGCUUUCGAUGACGACGGUGAUGUUAGCCAACUCAGGAAGCAAUAUGGUGGAAAGCUCGACACUAUUAAAGAGCUCUUCCCGAACUGGUCGGAUGCCGAUAUUCUCUAUGCACUGAAGGAAACUGACGGUGAUGUUGAAGUCGCCGCUACACGGAUUGCUGAAGGUACCAUCUCCCAGUGGGGCGAAGUAUCGAAGCAGAAGAAGACCACUACCCGCCCUAAGCCGAAGGAUGCUUCCACUCCAGCUGGCCUUACCGAAUCAACCGGUAACAGCAGACCAGUUCGUGGCGGUCGCUCAGAUGGUGUACGAGGUGGUCGUGGUCGUGGUAAUGAGCGAGGUCGAGGAAGCGGCAGAGGCCGGGCAACUUCUCAUGCUACUACGAAUGGUCAACGGUUGAAGGAGAACCAACAACUUUCCGUUCCGACUGAAGAAUCUUCCGGGUGGGGAACCACCAAUACCACCACUGAAGAAGCUGCUACCAACGAUCAAGGCGCCUCAACCUGGGGCACAACUGAUUCUACCCCCGAAGCUACUGUUAUUCCCACGCCCGCCACCGCUACUACUGAUUCGGCUCCUGCUAAACCCAGUGUCAUCCCGCAAGGUACACAGAAGACCUGGGCUAGCAUGCUGCGCCAGUCGACCGCCCCGAAAGCAACACCGAAGCCGAAGGAGGCCCCUGCGCCCAAGCCGGCCGAAGUGUUGGAACCUCUGCCGCCCGCCGAACCUAUCGCCGCCGCCGCCGCCCCCCCCCCCGAGCCUGAAUCGCAGCCUGCGCCCGAGGAAGCCCCGAAAGAGGUCGCCGAACAGCCUGCCCCCACAGAGGCGCCUAAGGUUGUCGAACCCGAAGUUACACUAGCCCCUUCUGAAGACGAUUUAACCCGAGUCAACCUCGAGCAGCUGCCCGAUGAAUCUCAACCCCCGAAUACCGCUACAGCUGCUAGUACAGCCGCAGAUUCCUGGGAUCCCAGACAGCCGCAGCCUAGUGCUACGGCGACUCCGCUCUCGGCCUCCCAGGCGCAGCACCAGGCUCCACGCCCCCCUGCUAGUGGGUUUGUGACGACCGCGAUUAAGGCAACCGAACGUCCGGCCCCUCGCAUGCCUAGUUACCAAAAGCGUCUUCUUGAGCAGGAAGAAGCAGUCCGAAUGCCCGGGAACCGCGAGGUCGACCGUGCUGCCGUACAAUUCGGUGCUUUCAGCCUAAACGGAAUCGAAGAUGAUAUCGAUGGUGACCGUGAAGAUCCUGAGACUAGAACUCAACCGCCACCUGAAUCCCCGAUCGCCGUUCCCCGUGCCUCAUUGCCUCCGGUCUCUCAGCCUGCAGCAGUACCCGACGCAUUUGCGGCUACUCAGAAGCCUGCUACCUCUUUACCCUCGGCACCCAGCGCAACUGGUAGAGCACCCUUUCACCGUUCUCAGAAGAAACAGCUCACUAACCGUCGUCUAGCGACACCCGUGGCCCCACCGACCGGUCCCGCUGCCAUUACAGCCCAGCGUAUGUCGCAGUAUCCCCAAGUCAGUCACCCUACUAAUAUUCUUACAGCGCCGCAAGCACCCUCGAGCAACCAGCAAUUUGGACGCUAUGGUCAAACCAAUGCGCCAGAACCGGCCGGCUUCCCGCAGAAAUCAUUCGAUACCUUCGGCCAGCAGACUGCUACCAGCUCUGCUGGUCUCGAUAACUUCCCAACUCCCACGACCCAAGCCUCAGGACCGCAGACUAGUGGCGCAUUUAGCUCCGCACCGAGUGAUUACCCACCUUAUUCUAACGACCCGCAGCUUCGUAGUUCAUACAAUAAUUACUACGCGCAGCAGCAGCAAUAUGGGCAACAGCAUGCUGGCCAAAGCCAUCACGAGACUUCGAACGCUGCAAACCGUGGAUUUAGUAGCUACAACGCUGGUCAAAAUGAUAACCUAAGUCAGUACCCGCAGAGCGGCGCUCAGCAGACUAGAUAUGGAGCUACUGCUUCUGCCGAGUCUCACAACAGUGGCCACAAUACACCAAAUCCUAUCGGUCAAGGCGGCCAACAGGCUUCGAGCCAAGCUACUCAGCCUCAAUCUAACCUUCACCAGCAGCCGCAUACUAACCAAUAUCCCUAUUCACACCCGUACUACUCGAGUCCGUACUACGCCCAGUACAUGAGCCAGUAUGGCGGUGCUUAUGGACAGGGAGCAUACGGCGGCCCAUACGGUAAAGGGGGGCUUUAUGGACAACCCCAUCAGUACGGAAUGUCCCCACAAGGCCCUUACGAUCAUGCCUCCUCUCCCGCAACAAGUGGCUUUGCUCAGUCCUCUCUCGGUGGCCGCGAUAGCGCAAUAGCUUCCGGCAUCGAUAACUACGGCCGCGCAGGCUCCACUCAGUCGGGCGCUCCAGGCGGUCUUGGUGGCAGCGGAUUCGGCGGGAUGCAUGACACGUUCGGACGUGGCUCAGGUUACCCCUCUCAGGCCGGGCAGUCUUUCAACGCUCCAAAUGCACCUGCUUCAAGUACGGGCCCUGUAAACGACGACUUGAAACCGUAUGGCGACACGAAGACUGCUGGCGGACCCAGCCCGUCCCUCAGCGCUGCCGCAAGACCGGGUUCCGCUACAAACACCGCUGCAGCAUCUGGCCUUCCACCUCCCCAGUCAGCCCAGCAAGGUAUGGGCGGAUAUGGGGGCUACCCUAGUCAUCUGAGUCACGGUUUGCACGGCAACCAGUCUGCAGGAAGCGCCUAUGGUCUCGGGGGCACCGCUGGCCAAGGGCACGGCAAUGGUCCGUACGGAGGCUACGGAGGCAACCAAGGUUUCGGGAACUACUACGGCGGCCGGCAACAGCAAGGUGGCUGGGGCGGUAACUACCACUAGUCAUCACGCAAGCGGCUGAAUCGCAGACAUCCCCGGACCUAACUAAGAGGCUUCGGGUCAGAUCCGACAGUACUAUUAGAUCUAAAGUACUACUAGCAUUGGUAACAGCAGUAGCCAUGCCACCUUUUCUUUUUCCGCAAAGUUGAUCAUGAGACUUUCUCUACUCUAAUGAGCUCUUGGGGGUAUCGCUUACUCCCUCGUUUUGAUUGGCAGGGGCAUGGAACGGACCAGAAAAGUUCUUACUGAGAGGUACGGGGGUCCGAGAUUUGCAUGUACGAUUGUUUUUCCUUACACAGGGUUACAUCUUCGGCAUCGAGGCUACGGUGCCUACACUAGGAUUAGGAUGAUACCGAUUACCAAAACUUUUCAUACUCGGUUGAGCAACCCACUUAUUGUACUCUGUUGAUACUCGUGAUGGACAGUUUAAUGUUGAUGAGGAUCGUGACAUGUGUAUCAAGAAGUGUCAUCACGUAAAGGAUUGACUAUUCCGCACGUGUGUAAUUAUGAGCUACCUUCUAGUUAGGUUAAUUGAGC